AACGAAACUGCCCACUUCUGUUCCUCGGAGUCAGACGAGCAGGGAGGGUCGUUCCCCUCCCGUUGCCACCAACCUUGCUCUCCCCCUCUCUUCUCCCGCCUUCGCCUCGCGGGCCGGAGGGGGUUUAGAGGCGCGCGCGCUCCCGGGCAAGCCAGACUCCGUCAGUCAGCCAGCAAGUCAGAAGGGAUUCUUGGCCCUGUUCCAGGUCGGCGCACUAAUACAAGCACAGAGGCUCCCGCCUGACUGACGCCGGCUGAGGCUGGCUGCUUGCUUGCUGCUGCUGCUCUUGCUCUGGCCCCUGUCGCCGCCGGGUUACUGCAGCCGCGUCCCUUUCCAUGUUGCUUUGAAAAAAAGCGUGAGUGACUCGCUCCAGAGAAGUUGUGGCAGCAGCAGGCGCAGCCAGCAGGGAGACGGUGGGCAGGGGAGGCAGAAGAGACAUUCGCCCCACGGGCAGAAUUGUUCAAUAUUUGAAAACACACGAAAAAUUUAUAAUGCCCAGGAUAUGCGUGGAGCAGCGUGAUUUUGAAGGCAGCUUCCCUCCCAGGCCUUGUUAAAAGAAAAGAAAAAAAGAAAAGAGGCAUACAGAGAAAAAUAACUGGGAUCUUGCUUUGCAAUCAUACAUAUUAUCUCUGAUUCAUAUGCACUCCAGCACCCCUAUCAGUUCUUUAUUCUCCUUCACCAGCCCAGCUGUGAAGAGACUGCUGGGCUGGAAGCAAGGAGAUGAAGAGGAAAAGUGGGCAGAAAAAGCUGUUGACUCCUUAGUAAAGAAGCUGAAGAAAAAGAAGGGAGCCAUGGAGGAACUGGAGAGGGCGCUCAGCUGCCCUGGGCAGCCCAGUAAAUGUGUUACAAUCCCACGCUCUUUGGAUGGAAGAUUACAAGUGUCUCAUCGUAAAGGUCUGCCACACGUCAUUUACUGCAGAGUGUGGCGGUGGCCUGAUCUACAGUCUCACCAUGAAUUAAAACCACUGGAAUGCUGUGAGUUCCCAUUUGCCUCAAAACAGAAAGAAGUGUGCAUUAAUCCUUACCAUUAUCGACGUGUGGAAACCCCAGUGUUGCCUCCAGUUCUGGUUCCAAGACAUAGUGAAUUCAACCCACACCUCAGCCUCCUUGCCAAAUUCCGGAAUACAUCUCUUCACAGUGAGCCACUAAUGCCUCACAAUGCAACCUACCCUGAUUCUUUCCAUCAACCUCCCUGCACCCCUUUCCCAGCAUCGCCCAACAUGUUCUCUCAGUCACCUAGCAGCAUGAGCUACCCUGACUCACCUGGAAGUUCCUCUGCACCAGGAAGUCCUUAUCAGCUCACAGUUGAAACGCCACCUCCACCUUACAAUGCAAGAGAAACACCCAGAAACCACAAUGGACGCCCUGUACAUGCAACCUCAGAAAAUCAGUUAGUGCUAUCAUUGCCCAAUGGAGACUUCCGACCUGUUUGCUAUGAGGAGCCACAGCACUGGUGUUCAGUAGCGUACUAUGAACUCAAUAAUCGAGUAGGAGAGACUUUCCAGGCCUCUUCUCGAAGUAUACUUAUAGAUGGCUUUACAGAUCCUUCAAACAAUAAGAACAGAUUCUGCCUUGGACUGCUGUCUAAUGUAAACAGGAACUCUACUAUAGAAAACACCAGGAGACACAUUGGAAAGGGUGUUCACCUGUAUUAUGUUGGGGGAGAGGUAUAUGCAGAAUGUGUGAGCGACAGCAGCAUUUUUGUACAGAGCCGCAACUGUAACUAUCAGCAUGGCUUUCACCCAGCUACUGUUUGCAAGAUUCCCAGUGGCUGCAGCUUGAAGAUUUUCAACAACCAGCUCUUUGCCCAGUUGCUUGCCCAGUCAGUUAACCAUGGCUUUGAGGUUGUGUAUGAGCUAACCAAGAUGUGUACCAUCCGGAUGAGCUUUGUUAAAGGCUGGGGAGCAGAGUAUCAUCGGCAAGAUGUUACGAGUACUCCGUGCUGGAUUGAGAUCCACCUGCAUGGACCAUUGCAAUGGCUAGACAAGGUGCUGACGCAAAUGGGUUCCCCUCAUAACCCGAUCUCCUCAGUUUCUUAAGAAUCCUGUCUACAACCUACCUAUGGGAUGAACGCUAUUGCAGGCAGUGGUUUGUAGAACUUUCUCACAUUUUAGCCAACCUAAAUUUCUGUAUGUAGCUGUAAAUGUAUGAAUGUUUAUAUAUAUAUAGUAUAUUACCAGUGGAAUUUUCUCAUGCUAUGUUUUAUGUUUAUUAGCUAAUAAGAUGAUAAUAUGGUCCACUGUGUUGCUGUCAGAUGACAAAAGAUACAGACAUUUGGGUUUAGCAAGCCAGUUUGUGGGAAUGAAAUAAGACGUGUUAUUUGUACUCUAUAAAUAAAAUAAAAUAAUUUUAAAAAAUAGAAUAAAAUUAUGCACUAAGAAAAGUUCUACAACCUAUAUGUAUUUGGCAAAUCAAGCAAAGUUGACGUGUAGAGCCUUGCUAGAAUAGAUCAAGGUCCUUCUAGUCAAGCAGCCAACAAGUUGCCUCUCGAAGCUCACGAGCUGGGUAGGACAGCUUUGAAAUAUCUUCUGUUUUGUUCCUGGCAUGCAGUACUCAGCACAGAAUAUAUUGCUUCUGAUCACAAAGGUUCCAUUUAUUUAUCACAGAUAAAUAGCAUCUAUAGGCCUGCCCUCUAUUAAAUGGUCUAUUGUUUUUCCUUAUUUGGGGUAAUUUAUUGCACCUCUGUCAGUCAUGGGAAAGGAACAAAGUUAUGCUUGGCAAUGAAACUCAACCCUUUCAUCAGAGAAAUUGUGCUGAUUCUUCACACAAAUAUCGCAUACAUACAAACAUACACACCAUUGCUGAAUUUUCACCAUAUUGCAUCCAUGUCAUUUCAAACCUUGAUUUAAAAUUUGCCUUUGAAAAAGAAAUCUGAUGCUGGAACUAUUAAACAGAUGGCUGCUACUUGCACAUUUAAUUUCUACCUCCUGCUCCAUUGUUUUCAAGUUGUGUAUUAUGCUUAUCUUUAUUUCGUUAAUAAGAUGGUAGUAUGAUCUGUAAUUUCCAGAACAACUUAACCUAUGUCCUGAUAUUAUAGCAUUGUGCAUUUUCCCUGUGCUACCCUGCAUCAUUCACGGACAGAAAGGAGGAGGGAAGGGACAAGGCACCUACUGCUAAAAAUAGUAAAUGUUUUUAAUUCCUCCCUCUGCAAUGUUAUCUAGGACAACUUUCCUAUGCCCUUCUAUUAAGACAUUGUGCAACGCCUCAACUCCCAAUUCAUUCAAUAGUGUGUAUGUGCAGUGGGGACAUGCACCAUCUUGACAUCAGGACAUAAGUAUUUGGUGCCAGAUGUGAAGGUUCUAGACAUUUAAAUGUCCUAGAUAUUUUUGGCAGCAGCUUCUUGUUUAAUGGAAUAUGUAGUUCCAUCCUUCAUGUAUUUUUUAAGCAAAAAUACCUAGUUUUGUAUUUGUACCAUGUGACCAUGGAAUAUACACAGCCCUGAGUAAACUGUGGGAACGGCUGUAGUUCAGUGAUGGAACAACUGCUUUGCCUGCAGAAAGUCCCAGGUGCAAUCCCCAGCAUCUCCAGGUAGGGCUGGGAGAAAGCCCUGCCUGAAACCCUGGAGAGUAGCUAUAAGUCUGAGCAGAUGAUAGUCUACUAGAUGGACCAGUGGUUUGACUCUGUGUAAGGCAACUUCCUAUGCUCCUUCCCUGCCUUUGCAGUGAUAGAAACUAUCUUGUAGCCAUUGUACAGAAGUGGCAGUGCACAGGCUCAGGAGAAAAAGUCCUCUGUUGGUAUAAUAACAAAACAUGAGGGCAUUUGCUUGGCUCCAGCAGAGACAAGGAAGAGGCGAAUCACCUGAUAGCUACUUAGCAGGUGAUAGCUUAGAAGGCUUUCAGUGGAAAGGAAGAGGCUUGAAGGUUAUUGAUGGUUGGUUACCAGACACGGUGACUGUAUAUUUCCUCCAGUAAGAGGCAGUGUGUCUCUGAAUAUCCGUUGUUGGAGAACAACAGUAGGAGAUGGCUAGUGCCCUCAUGUUCUGCUUGUGAGCUUCCUAUAGGUUUGUGACUAGGCACUGUGGAAAGCAGGAUGCUGGACUAGGCCAGCCUUUGGUCUGAUGCAGCAGGGCUCUCCUUAUGUUUUUAAGGAAGAAUGCCUCCAUUGUAGGAGUCAGAGCCAAAAAGGCUUUGCUGCAGCAGUAGGCAGCAUUGCUUGUGCCACUGCAACUACAGAAUCUGUAAGAAGAGGCUGCUGUGGGUGAAUCACAUAAACAGCCCAUUUUAAUCUCAUUCAGCACCCAGCAGAAUAAUAACAGAUUGUUCUUGCUUUUGGGGGUCAGCAACUGGAUCUAUCUGACCAAAUAUGGCCUUUUAAAGGAUGCUAAUGUCUCAAUCACCACCCCCAUGAGUUGCUAACCUAGAGGCAAAAUAUGUGUGGAGAAAAUGGUGUCAAAAUGUGAUAGUAGAACACUUGAGAGAGUAAGUUUUAGGAUAAUCUCUCACAGUUUACUUCCCAGAGUAAUUCUCUAGGACAGGGAUAGGGAUCUCUGGCUUUCCAGAUGUUGCUAUACUUCAGCUCCUACUAUUCCUGAUAAUUAGCCAUGCAGGCUGGGACUGAUGGGCAAUGGAGUCCAACAGAAUCUGAAGGGCCAUAGGUUUCCCAUUCCUGCUUUAAGUAAACCAAUUGCUAAACCAAGUUCUGGGCUCCUUCUGGGAGGAUGGGCAGGAUAUUAAAUAAAUAAAAUAAAACAAGUUUUGGUUCAUCUUUCUGCAAAGGAAGAAUCUGAGUCAUCAGGAGGAUACAUUUCUCAUAUCUUACAUGGAUUUCUGCUGGAGUGUUCAAGAUUUGACAUGAGGAAACCAUAGAGCAUUUUUGGGCAGCACAGUUAUCUCAUACUCAGCCUGUUACUCAUAUAAGCCUCAGCAUAUAGUUCUAGUACCAUCAACAAUGUCAGUGUCAAAAUAUUUCAAUUUUUAAAUUGUUUUUAGAAUGAACCAAAAAUAAUUAAAAAUUACUUCCAGAGGUAGCCUUGCUAGUCUGUUUUGUAGCAAAAACAAUGAGUCGUGUAGCACCUUCAAGACUAGCACAUUUAUUAUGCCAUAAAUUUGUGUGGACUAGAAUCCACUAUAUCAGAUAGCUUAACAUGCUACUUUCAAUUGGGAUGUGUGAAUUAUAAAGAGGUUAAAUGAUAAUAAAAUGCAAAAGUACAGUUUUAUGUUGUAAUUGAGAGUGGGGCAGAAAGUAUAUUGGGAUCUCUAUUGGGAUCUACUGAUAGAGAUGUUUGUGUGAUCUGCAGUAGAUCAAGGGUUUCUGACUCCCAGUUGUAUUAAUAGCAACAAGAAAACAAUUUUACCCACUUAAAUAAGGCUGCUGAAAUGAAGAAAGCUAAUCGGGUGGAUUUUUGUGUGAAAGGAGUGUGAAUUCAUUUCAUUUCAGGUACUGAAAACACAUUUCUUGCCUCAGAAUGUAUUCAGUGGCAUCCUGUGUCUUUUGCACCUGGCUUUGGUUGGUAGAUCUUGGGGUUGUAGAAAACAUUAGAUCUAACAAACCUGAAGUCUGGUCACACAUGUGCUAAUUCAUUGUCACUAACUAUUUUUUGCAUUUCUGUUGCCAAUUAACUCCAGCUUUCUGGAACAGAUUUUUAUUAUUAUUGCCACAAACUUGUGUCUCUGCUGCUUAUUGGGACUUUGGAUGAACAGGAGAACAAGAUAUCAAACUGUAGCCAAGUAGAAAAAUAGAUAAGGACAAGAUUUAAUUCUACCUCAUGAGUGCGCCUCAUUAACAUUACAUCUCCAGAUAGGACAAGUUAUUCCUGAGAUUGCUAGUCCCCGCCCCCAAAGAUUUGUGCCUAUAUAAAGACGUUUGUAAAAUGGCACAAGCCAUUUUUCUUCAAAAGAUAAAAUGUCAUACUUUGCUGUAUUUGAUCCAAACAUGGUAGGUUUUUUUUCACUCUCUCUCACCUAACAAUAUCUAGGCUACCUAUUUCAGUCUUAUUAGUACAGGAAAUGUUUUUUGAAAUCUUUCACAUACCUUCUGUGUUAAGAAUCAAACACAUGCUCUUUUUGCACCUUCCAGAGGCUGUGUAGCACAUGAUGACAGUGAUAAUUAGGAGCACAGAUGCUGCAAUUUCAGCAAACUGACAACAUCCUUAAUUUCCGAUCUUUCUAAUAUUGGAUAGCUAAUUACUGGUACUAUUAAAUCAUCUGCAGCUUCUCAGUCAAGAGCUCUAUUCAGCCACCAAGAGCAGAAAUAACAGAGCACAUAGAAAUGAACAAUGAUUACUGCAACAGCAGUUGGAAAAAAAAACACAAGACCAUUUCCUUCAAUAUUCAAUUGAGGCUCCCUGUAUAAAAAAAACCCCUUUAAAUAGUUUUUGUACCCGAAACUUUUCUUGUAGUUAUCAACUAGUAUUAAAGUCUUUAAAUGUACUCAUAAAUAUGUCAUCCUUUGAGAUGUGCUGUCCGAAAGAUUUAAAAACUUUGAUGGCCCUUUUAAGGAAAAGACAUGUUUUAAAGGUAGUUUAAUUCAAAGCACAUUCAAGCUUCUUGUGGACAAUCUUUGUCAUUGGAGAGUUGUGUGUUUUGAGUCUCCCUGUCAUUUCCCCUGAAAUGAUCUAUAAAAUAAUUCUCAUAGGAAAGUGAUGCUACCAGUAUUUUAUUGAUGUUAAUUGAAUCUUCAUAGUGAAUAUAAGGGAUCCUUGUAAAUUAUUUAUUCUCAGGUUUUGUUUAAGUUGCCUGUCAUGGCUCAGUGAACUAGCUUUGUUGGGGUAAAGAGUUAAGCCUGUCAUUCAUGAAUGAUCCAAGUAAACGUUAAUGAUAUGACAGAGAACAGUCAGACAGCUUGAAGAAGCCUGUUGGAUGGAUCACAUGGUAGUGGACUAUAAACAUUGUAUUAUUAAACGAGAGAAACCGAGACUUAAAGAAGACAUCUGUUCCUGAGGUAGCUUAGCACAAUAUGAGUUAGUGUUAAUGCUUAGGCCUGGAACAUACAGAUUGGUAAAAAAGCAUGUGCUUUUUAGCAUGUGAAGAGUGCUUUUUCCUGUAACCACAGAUAACCACUACGAGCCCCACAGAGUUUGGAUUAGAUGCAAAAGGAUUGUCAGGUCAGAAAAUGUGAUCUUCAUCCAGGUUUGAGAACUGGCAUCUUGCAUUUUAGAAAUUAAACACUAAGUGACAAGUUUUUGCAGAGCACUGCCACAUAAUGAACUGUUGUGGAAAAAUGUAUGUGCUCACUGCCUAAAAUGAAGGAUUCCUAGAUCCAGAUCACAAAACCAUUGUUUUAAUCAAGUGAAUUGUAGCUGAAACUUUGUAUAGAACAGUUAGUACAUACCAGCUUUCAUGAACAGAGCUUUGCUGGACCAUCAGUAAAAACUUUCCACAACCUGCAUGAGAACUUAAGAACUCUCUCAGAGGAGGCUAAAAGUUUAUCUAGUCCAGUAUCUUGUUUGCAACAGUGGUCAGGCAGAUGCUCAUAGGAUAUCCUCAAAGGGCAUGAAGGCAAAAUCUUCCCAUUGUUUGCUCCCUAGUGUCUGCCUUUGAACAUUCAGUGGUACAAUAGGUAAUUUUGGACUCUGGGCAAUGGGCUUCUGGGAAGAGGUUCUUUAGAUAGCAAUGUUUGUUACUUAUUUCAAAUGGUCUUACUGGUGGGACUCUUCAAAAAAAGCCAGACCUGUGUAAGGAGCUCCUUCUGCUCAUAUUGAUGAGUAGGGCUCUGGACUUCUGUCCCAAAAUACUACCCUGAAUGUACCUUGGCUAAUGCUUGUUGAUGCCCAACCCUUUAAAAAAGGCAGUCUCUGUUAUAGGCAACCACCUCAUGGCUGUAAUGCUGUAAGUUAACUAUGGGGUAAUAGUACUUCCUUUUGCCCACUCUACCACUUCAAUCAACUGUGUGAACUAGCUCAUAAAGAAAAUGUUAUUUCAGAGCUGCUUCUUGAGCCAAAAAAAGUCACAAUUAAAAGAUAUGUACUGGACUGCCAUCCACACAUUAUGUAGAGGAUUUCCUCUGGUUUAUGUGACUCAGAGCUUGGAAAAGUUAUUUUUUUAAACUACAACUCCCAUCAGCCCCAGCCAGCAUGGCCACUGGAUUGGCCUGAUGGGAGUUGUAGUUCAAAAAAAGUCUUCUAAGCUCUGCUCUUAACAGCCCAAUCCCUUACUUGGAUACUCAGAAGGAAAUCCCACUAAAUUCAGUGGAGCUUACUCAGGUUAAGCACACCUAAGAUUGCAGUCUUAAGAGUGAAACUUACUGAGUAAACAUAGUAAGUUCAGUCUAAUAAACACUUCCCAACUUAAAUUGUAACUGCUCUUAAGUGACUGAUUUAGUAAUUACAAUCCUAACUGUCCAAAAAUGAAGUUUUACUUCUGGAAGUAAAUUGCAAUGAACUAAAUUGGGCUUAUUUCUGAAUAUGUUCUUACCUUAUUGAAGAGAGGUUUCCCCCUUUUCUAAUGCAAUACUAGUUUUCCACAAAUACGUUCUUUUAUGUGGCAUGACAAUUUUGGAGCAAUCUGCGUUAUUGGAAACAUUGUAAAAUAUGCAUAACAGUACAGCAGACAUUAAAAUUGUAUAAAUGUGGAUUCUAAACCUGUACAUCUAACAGGACAUGCAAAAUUGUUUUCAGAAUGUAGGAAAUUUGAGAAAUGUUGCUCACAAUGUAUAUAUAAUUAUUGUUUUGUAAUUUAUUAUAUACUGUGUAUCCCCUGCUUUUCUCAGAGAAACUCGUCAGACUAGAUGAGUGUGUGAACACCUAAGCAUCCAGGUACCUUUCUUCCACUCUUACCAAGGAACCCCUGUACUGCACCAAGGAUUUUGCAGAUGACAUGUUCCAUAUGAGUCUAACCAUCAUGUGUCAUUAGGUGGGGACCCUAAACAGGCUAGUGCCUCCAAUAAGUGACCAGAAGUACUGGUUGUACUAAAUUGGUCCAUUUAAUGCCCUGAAGAGACAUUUCACAAACACAAUCCCUGUACAUGCUAGCAAUAUGAACCUAGACCAGGCAUCAAAUCAGGUAGCUUAUUUAUGUCAAGCACAGAUCUUUCUCAUUCUUGGAAGACUUUUACCUAAGCUGUCCAAAAUAAUAAGGAAAAAAACUCCCGCUAAACAUGAUGUAGGGUUGACUCCUGAUGCAGGUUCUAAUUCUAUCAUUCUCCUGUUCCUACAACAAAUUAGACACUUCUAUAGCUUAUGCCCCUAAGUGCUGGAGUAAGUAAAAAGACAUUCUUGCAUAGUCCCAGCUGUAGGAAGUAGUCAUGCAUUCCCUGCCUAUCAGUGACCCUGAAACAAAGCAAAUUGAGAGGCUGGCAUAACUAACAAAAGUAGCCAAUGUUUAAUGGACCAAAUGAGGUGCAACAAUUGCAGCUAUGGUUUGUACUUUGUAUCUACCCAAAUUGAAGCAGAUAGUUACUCCAGUGGAAGACUAUUUUAAAAACAAACAUACUGUACAUGUUAAAUCUGUCUUGUGAUUUUGGUGGCUCAUCCCAUAUUAACAUGAAUCUAGACAGUUAUUUGUGAAUAUUUUUAAUGUGCAGAACGCUGUUGAUUUUCUCCUGAGAUUAAAACAAUCACAAAUAACAUGUAAAUAAUUUAAAUUCCAUAUAAAUGAUGGUUAUCUGUAACAAACCAUUUCCCUUGUAUCAGAACUGCAUUUACACUUCCAGCAUCAAUAUCCCUUGUUGACAAGUAAACAAAAAAAGUAUUGAUAAGUUAUCACCAGAGAAAUUAUCUUCAUUCUGGCUGUGAACAAUGAAUUAUAAAUACAUAUUACUAUAUCUGAUAUUUAAUCUAGAGAAGCAGAGAGAAAUCCCAAUUCUCUUUUUGGGCAAACUCUAAAGCAUACUAACUCCCCAUACCUAAUCUUACCUACAUGCAUGUGGCUUCAUAAGGUUCUGUUUUUUGACUGCCAAUAGUCAUGGCCAAGUUGAAUGGGAAAUAGACAGCAACUGGAAAUCAAUGCAAUAUAAAAUGUCCUCUAACUGGUUUCUUUCUGCUUCUUCCCUCACUUGUUACAGCCACAGCAAAACUGCUACAAGAAAAAAACGUUAGUUCUUGUGGUUUAUAGCAUUCUGCAGACAGUUCAAUAAAGAUGACAGUAUAGAUAGUGACACUAGGAUGUUUGCCUCGGGAGUUUAAGGGAACAAUCCUAACCAGCUGAAAGCCUCCUGAGGGGCCUUGGGAAGCAGUGUAGUGCUGCUCCACCAGCAGACAGAGAUACCCCUGCAAACAACGCCAGAGAACGUGCCACUGGUAUACAAUGUUGCACCAGGGAAGCAGGGGAAAUGGAGAGUGUUUGUUUCCUCAACGAUAUGGUGGGACUUUACACCAGCUCCAGAACUGCUGUAGUUAAUUCUCCCCCACUGACUAUAACGGAAAGGAGGGGAAAAAUGUCCCUACUUGCUACCAGCAAAAUGGCAAGGCAACUGACAUGGCAGAGCAGCUGUAAGUGAACACUAGGGUUGCUUUACCCAGCUGCAAUCCUAUAUGCUUACCUGGAAAUAAGCCCUAUAGAAUUCAGUGGUGCUUACUUCUGAAUAGACAAAUAUAAUUGCAGUUAGUCAAACGUUUUUUAACUCAAGGGUUCAGUCACUAAAAUCCGUAACGGGCACAGUAGAGCGCUGCACUGUUGGUGUAACUGUGGGCAACUAGACGAGUAACAAAGCAGAUGUUUGUGUUACCUGUAUUUCGGUGUUUAAAGGCUAGCCAGUGAAUAAAUGUGACAUGCUGCCAUGAACAAAUUAAUUUGACUAGAAUUAUUCUGCUGUACCAGUGAUAAGUUUUGC